AUGCCUCCAAAAUCCACGGCCCAGCGCCGGCUUGCUAAAGAAUACCAGCAGUUAUCUAAAGAUCGGCCUGAAGGGAUAUUGGCUGGUCCAGUUCGCGAGGACAACUUAUUCGUGUGGGAGUGCCUGCUGGCUGGGCCACCAGACACAGCCUACGAAUAUGGAGUCUUUAGAGCGGUCCUCACUUUUCCAAAGGAUUAUCCUCUGGCACCACCAUCAAUGAAAUUUGAUCCUCCUUUGCUGCAUCCUAACAUAUAUGCUGAUGGUUCGGUGUGUAUAUCCAUUCUGCAUGCGCCGGGUAACGACCCUUUGCAAUAUGAGAGGAGCGAGGAGAGAUGGUCGCCGGUACAGAGUGUGGAAAAGAUUCUUCUGAGUGUUAUGAGUAUGCUGGCAGAGCCCAAUACCGAGAGUGGUGCGAAUAUCGACGCGUGCAAGCUGUGGAGACACGAUAGACCUGCCUUUGAGAGACAGGUUCAUCAGCAGGUGCGUCGUUCUCUGGGGCUAUAG